CACCGGACCCUGUUUGUCCUUCACUUAUUAUCUCCCGGCUCCGGCUGGAGUUAGUUGUCAGUUGUUAUGAAAUGUGAAUGAUUCCGCAGACUCACUGGCAGACAGACAGGCAGGCAGACAGGCAGGAGCUGCGUGGACGGUUAUUUAUCUCUCUCUGUGACACUUUUGUUUUUCAUGGACACGUCUUUGUAAAACAUGCACGGACAGAUGUUGUGUCGCCGCACGGCAGCGGCGGCGGUGACUGCCCGGAGGAUGAGGACCAUUGUGGGCUGUGUUCUGGGCAGAGACGGCUGGAUGUGGAGGAGCCAUGAGGUCAAACUCGUCAACACGGCCUCAGGUGACACAGUGAAAAUCGGAGACAUCACGUACAAACUCAAAGCACCACGGAGUCCAGAGCUCGUCCCCGUCAAACACAUUUCAGACUCACUACCUCAGACUGUGAUCCAGCACCUGCGCUGGAUCAUGCAGAAAGAUCUUCUGGGUCAGGACGUGUUUCUCAUCGGUCCACCAGGACCACUGAGACGAUCCAUCGCUAUGCAGUACCUGGAGCUGACCAAACGGGAGGUGGAGUACGUGGCUCUGUCCAGGGACACCACGGAGACGGACCUGAAGCAGAGGAGAGAGAUCCGCUCAGGGACGGCCUUCUACAUCGACCAGUGUGCCGUGAGAGCAGCGACACAGGGUCGGGUCCUGGUCCUGGAGGGUCUGGAGAAGGCGGAGAGGAACGUUCUACCUGUGCUCAACAACCUGCUGGAGAACCGAGAGAUGCAGCUGGAGGACGGACGCUUCCUCAUGUCGGCCGAGCGCUACGAUAAGCUGCUGCAGGAGCACACGAAGGAGGAGAUGGACGCCUGGAAGAUCGUCCGCGUGAGCGAGGACUUCCGCGUCAUCGCUCUCGGGCUUCCUGUUCCCAAGUACAAGGGCAACUCGCUGGAUCCUCCACUCCGCUCCCGCUUCCAGGCCAGAGACAUCUAUCACCUGCCGUUCAAGGACCAGCUGGAGCUGCUGUACUCGGCUGGACCGAACGUCUCUGCAGAGAGGAUCUCUCAGCUGCUGUCUUUGGCCACGACGCUCUGCUCGCAGGAAUCUUCAGACCUGGGUUUGCCCGACUUCCCCGUGGACAACCUGCUCCCCGCUCUCCACGUGCUGAACACGUUCCCCAUGUUGUCCUCGCAGCAGUUACUCCACAGACUUUACCCGUACAGCAGCAUUCUGGGUAAGGACGGACGCGCAGCCGUGGAGGGCCUUCUCAGCAGAUUUGAGCUCCUGGACGCUCGUCCUCAGCCGACGCCUGGUGCCGUCAGGGGCGUGUCCACGGGGGAGGAGACGGAAGGUCUCGCUGACGUCACUUUACGCGUCGCAGACGAGGACGUCACCUUCCAGGUUCCAGCGGGGAAGAAGAAGAAGAAGAAGACGCCGCAUCCUCUCGACAGCAGCAGCCACUUCAUCAGCACACAGAGUCACGUCCAGCUGCUCUCUGACAUGAUGCAGUCGCACAUGGUCAAGGACAUGUGCCUCAUCGGACCCAAGGGCUGUGGAAAGUCAGUGAUUGCCAGAGAGUUUGCAGAGAUGCUGGGUUACAGCGUGGAGACAGUCAUGCUCUACCAGGACAUGACAGCCAGGGACCUCCUCCAGCAGAGGUUCACGCUCCCUAACGGGGACACGGCGUGGAGGCCGUCCCCUCUCGUCACCGCCGCCAUCGAGGGGAAGCUGCUGCUUCUGGACGGGAUUCACCGCGUCAACCUGGGGACACUGGCCGUGCUGUCCAGGUUACUGCACGACAGGGAGCUGGAUCUGUACGACGGGACCAGACUGCUGAGGUGGGACAGGUACAAGACGCUGAAGGAGCAGCUGCAGCUGAGUGACCAGCAGCUGCAGGAGAGGUCAGUCUUCCCCGUGCACCCUUCGUUCAGGGUUCUGGCCCUGGCUGAGCCUCCUGUUGUUGGUGGCAGCAGCGGUGGAGGAGGGGGAGGAGGAGGUGGCGGCAGCAGAGGUCAGCAGUGGUUGGGCCCAGAACAGCUCACCAUGUUCUUCUACCACACUGUCCCUCCGUUGGCCAAAGCAGAGGAGAUGGGCCUCAUACAGGGACUGACUCCUAAUGUUCCCACAGAAGCAGCAGAGCAGCUCCUGCAGCUCACACACACGCUACGCAAGACCAACGACCCCACUGCCCAGUCUCUGGCCUCGUCUCUGUCCACCAGACAGCUGCUGAGGAUCUGUCGUCGUCUCUCUCAGUAUCCUGAGGAGAGCAUCGCUCACGCUGUCAACAAGGCCUGUCUGUCCAGGUUUCUGCCCAGUUUAGCUCGAGCCUCGCUGGAGAAGAGCCUCGCUAACGGCUCCAUACAAGAAAAACCAGGUCCCAGUGAGGCGCGUGAUUACACCUGUUCGCUGAAGGACGGCGUGUUGACGAUCGGUAACGUGUCGGCUCCCGUCUACAACCCUGAUGAGAAAAUGAAGGUUCCAGACGUGCUGUUUUACGACAACCCUCAGCACAUGAUGGUGAUGGAGGACAUGCUGAAGGACUUCCUGUUAGGAGAGCACCUCCUGCUGGUGGGAAACCAGGGCGUUGGGAAGAAUAAAAUCGUGGACCGGUUCCUGCAUCUUCUCAACAGACCCAGAGAGUAUCUGCAGCUGCACAGAGACACAACUGUCCAGACUCUGACUCUGCAGCCUUCAGUCAGAGACGGUGUCAUCAUCUAUGAGGACUCUCCACUGGUGAAGGCAGUGAAACACGGUCACAUAUUAGUGAUCGACGAGGCCGACAAAGCUCCCACAAACGUCACUUGUAUCCUGAAAACUCUGGUGGAGAGUGGAGAGAUGAUCCUGGCUGACGGACGCAGAAUCAUCUCAGAUCCUCGUGAGGCCGACAGGAGACCUAACUCCGUAAUCAUGCACCCAGACUUCAGGAUGCUGGUCCUGGCAAACCGACCCGGGUUCCCGUUCCUGGGAAACGACUUCUUUGGAGCUUUAGGUGAUAUCUUCAGUUGCCACGCGGUGGAUAACCCUCAGCCGGAGGCGGAGCUUGCGAUGUUGAAGCGGUACGGUCCCGACGUCCCCGACGCCACACUGCGCAGACUGGUGUGUGCAUUCGGGGAGCUGCGCUCCAUGGCCGACCAGGGAACCAUCACGUACCCGUACUCCACCAGGGAGGUGGUCAACGUGGUCAGACACCUGCAGAGGUUUCCCAGCGAGGGAUUAUCCAGCGUGCUGAGGAACGUCUUUGACUUUGAUUCUUACAACAAAGACGUGCGUGAGGUUCUGAUCGAGGCUCUGCACAAACACGGCAUUCCCAUCGGAGCCAAGGCCUCGUCUGUCAGUCUGGCAAAGGAGUUACCUCUGCCCGAGGUGAAGAUGAGCGGUUACUGGACCGUCAAUCAAAGUGGAAACGCUCGACGGAAACUUCUCUGUCCCACGGAGACGCACAACGUCCACGUCAAGGGCCCUGUGUUCCUGCGUGUCCACACCUCUCCCUGUCACCCACAGGAGAGCAGAGCUCUGAGUUUCAGCGAGGAGAAAAGUCACUUUCAGAUCCCUAUGAACGAGGUCAACAUCAUCUGUGAUGUCAUCACCAAAGAAGAUGUGUUGUACGUGGCCACGUGUAACCCCGUGUCACUGUACUCCAUGAAGGAGCGCGCCGACGCCAUCCGCUUCAUCGAGCUGUACGACGUCUUCCCGAGGACCAUCAGUGGCGUGUGGCAGCCAUUCGUUACUGUGGCUCCACUGGGAAGUCCACUGGACACACAGGUGGUCCUGCACGAGGAGCAGAGUAACACCAUUCUCCUCCUGGACUUAGGAUCCGGUGCCGUGCGGAGACUCAUGUUGUCUCCAGACAACGAUCCUCCUGCGUCCACAGCGUCCAACUGGUGGAGCAGUAAAGACACACAGGGAGGUUUUAAAAUGUGCCGUGACUUCUCGCACAGAAACUGGCUUCUCUUCUACAAGGAGGGCGGAAGCUCGCUGGAGGUGCUGGACGUGCUGGAGGGCCAGGUUCACUCCAUCUCUCUCCCCAUCAACGUGACGUCUGUGUUCCUGGUGGCAGAGGAUCGUUGGCUUCUGCUGGAGAGCGACACCAACAAGAAGUUCCUGCUGACCAAGCCCGUGCACAUGGCGGCUGAAGACUCUGGAGUGUGUCAGCUCCACAGCGUCAGCGACGACCCGCUCAGCUCCGGCCACGGAGUCAGUUCAGCCGAGGCGUCCGUCCCUCAGAUGGUUUCCUGUGAGCAGCUUCCUAACGAGAACCUGAGCGCCGCUCUGGACCAGAAGAUCGUUUCACCGAACCGCGUCGUCGCCGACAGCGGCUCCUUCGCUCAGGUCGUGGUGGGAUUUCCUGACCUGAUGUCUCCGAACGAGGUGUACAGCUUUAAGAGACCUGACGACCUCGCGGCGAUGAAGAGCAGCGACGGCGGCGCUCAUAUGUUCCUCAGGGGCGGAGUCCGCUCGUCCGCGCCCAAACAACACAACUGUGUCAGUCUGCUCUCGGCCAAUCAGGUCGUCCGAGCGCUGCCGCCCACCAAGGUGCCGCUGAAGGAGGUCUACCCCAAAGAGGCCACGCCCCCCAUGGUGGCGGCGUACCUGGAGGUCACAGAUCUGACCUCUAAAAAAGUCAAGUACAUCCCUGUCCCCAGGUCGACGACCGUGUCGCCGUACACCAGCUGGCUGUCCAGACUGUCCGAGACGGACGUCGUCAUGGCGCCACUGGGCUCCGGGGGCGUGGUCACGGUGGACGUGGGCGGGUGCGUGCGUCUGUGGGAGACGGGUCUGGACACGCUGCAGCGCUCUCUGAUGGAGUGGAGGAACAUGAUCGGGUCAGAGGACGGCAGACCUGUGCAGAUUACAAUCCAGAGGGACAGCGGCCUCGAUGUCUCCGCCCCAAAACAUGGCAAGGUUGACGCCGCUAAUGCGCCUCAUGUUGGAGGAAACCAGUGGGCGGGAGGCACAGGCGGCAGAGACACGGCGGGUCUCGGCGGUAAGGGCGGACCGUAUCGUCUGGACGCGGGACACAAGGUCCACCAGGUGUCCCAGGCGGAGAAGGACGCGGUCCCCGAGGAGGUCCGGAGAGCUGCUCGAGACAUGGCUGAGAAGGCCUUCAAACAGAGACUGAAGGAGAUCAACAUGAGUGAAUACGACGCCUCCACGUACGAGCGUUUCUCCGCCGCUGUCAGGAGACAAGUUCAGUCUCUGAGAAUCAUCCUGGACAGUUUACAGGCUAAAGGGAAGGAGCGUCAGUGGCUGAAGAACCAGGCUCUGGGAGAACUGGACGACGCUAAGAUCAUUGACGGACUCACAGGAGAGAAGGCCAUUUAUAAACGCAGAGCAGAGCUGGAGCCUGAGCCGGGCAGUCCUCAGCAGAAGCCCAAACGCCUGCGUGUCCUCGCUGACGUGUCGGGCAGCAUGUAUCGCUUCAACGGCGUGGACGGUCGUCUGGAGCGCUCCAUGGAGGCCGUGUGCAUGGUCAUGGAGGCUCUGGACAACUACGAGCACAAGUUCAAGUACGACAUCGUGGGACACUCGGGCGACGGCCACGACAUCGAGCUCGUCAGAGCCGACAAAGUCCCGAAGAACGACAAAGAGAGACUGAAAGUCCUCAAGACGAUGCACGCACACGCUCAGUUCUGCAUGAGCGGCGACUUCACUCUGGAAGGCACCGACGCCAGCAUCAGAGAGCUGUCACGAGAGGAGGCCGACGAGCACUUCGUGGUCGUUCUCAGCGACGCCAACCUGGAACGCUACGGCAUCAGACCCGAGCGCUUCGCCCGGGUCCUGACCUCUGACCCCCAGGUCAACGCCUUCGCCAUCUUCAUCGGUUCCCUCGGGGAUCAAGCAGAAAGGCUCCAAAAGACUCUUCCUGCAGGGAGAUCCUUCGUUGCCAUGGAUACCAAGCAGAUCCCCCAAAUACUGCAGCAGAUCUUCACAUCGACCAUGUUGUCCAGUGCCUGAGACUCACACUCACACACACUCACACACAUCACCUUCAGUCUGUGAUGUCUUCAGAACACGUCCACGUCUUUAUGUCACUGUGAGACAGACUUUUAUAAACCACUCACUCUCCCACACCAAAGCCAGAGAGAAAAUCAGUGUUGUUAAGAUGUUGUCGACGUGAAGUGUUGUGUGAAGGUGCUAAACUCUGCAUUUGUGCCUCAUACAACAACCUCACAGACGAGGAAGUGCAACUUUAAUCCACUCAUACGUCACAUUAUUUAACGUCUCCUCAUCAGUGUCUGCUGUUUUCCUGCAGUUUGUCGCUGUGACGCACACACGCACACACGCACACACACACACACGCACACACACACAC